CCUGAAAACCUGCUGUACCUCACCCCUGAGGAGAAUUCUAAGAUCAUGAUCACAGACUUUGGUCUCUCCAAGAUGGAGCAGAAUGGUGUCAUGUCCACUGCCUGUGGGACCCCAGGCUACGUGGCUCCGGAAGUGUUGGCCCAGAAACCCUACAGCAAGGCUGUGGAUUGCUGGUCCAUUGGCGUCAUCACUUACAUAUUGCUGUGUGGGUAUCCCCCCUUCUAUGAAGACACUGAGUCUAAGCUUUUUGAGAAAAUCAAGGAGGGCUACUAUGAGUUUGAGUCUCCGUUCUGGGAUGACAUUUCUGAGUCAGCCAAGGAUUUUAUUUGCCACUUGCUGGAGAAGGACCCGAAUGAGCGGUACACCUGUGAGAAGGCCUUGAGGCACCCCUGGAUUAACGGAAACACAGCCCUCCACCGGGACAUCUACCCGUCAGUCAGCCUCCAGAUCCAGAAGAACUUUGCCAAGAGCAAGUGGAGGCAAGCCUUCAACGCAGCAGCCGUGGUACACCACAUGAGGAAGCUGCACAUGAACCUGCACAGCCCAGGUGUCCGCCCGGAGGUAGAGCACAGGCCACCCACCACUCAAGCCUCUGAAGCCUCAAGACCCAGCUCCCCUGAGAUCACCAUCACCGAGGCACCCGCCCCGGACCAGAGUGUGGCCCUCCCUGCCCUGACCCGGCUGCCCUGCCAGCAUGGCCCCCGGCCCACUGCGCCGGGGGGCAGGUCCCUCAACUGCCUGAUCCACGGCUCCCUCCACAUCAGCAGCAGCCUCGUGCCCAUGCAGCGGGGGGCCCUGGCCGUCGGGCCCUGUGGCUGCUGCUCCAGCUGCCUGAACGUCGGGACCAAAGGGAAGUCGUCUUUCUGCUCUGAGCCCACGCUCCUCAAAAAGGCCAACAGAAAACAGAACUUCAAAUCGGAGGUCAUGGUGCCAGUUAAAGCCAGCGGCAGCUCCCACUGUCGGGUGGGGCAGACUGGUGUCUGUCUCAUUAUGUGAUCCCUGGGGCCUGUGUCUGUGUCACUACAAUUUUCAGG